UUGCGUCACGCGGAAGUAUCUGGAACGCUUUACGACACUUGACAAGUGCUGUUUGUAUCGUGGAUGUGUGUUUUUGUUAUGGUUUAGUUUUGCUUUCGCAAGCUGCGUUAAAUGAGUGUUUUUGAUUUGUUCCGCGGGUUCUUCGGAGUACCCGGAAGCCACUAUGGCCGAAAGGAUCCUUUCUUUGAUGCCAUGACUCAUGAUGACGACGAUGACGACGAGGAGGAUGGUUUUCACUACGAUGGGUUUCGGGGUGACACGCAGGACCCCUUCGACAGCGCCUGGAGGUUUGGCUUCAGCUUCGGUCCGGAUGGGAUGCGGGUGCAGGAGCCUCCGGUGUUUGGCCACGUAUUGAGGGAGAUGGAGGAAAUCUUUUCCCAGAUGGGCCACUGGAAGGAAGAGCCAGAGUCUGGAUACUCUGGUGUUCCCAGUAUCAUGCCACCAUCAACACCUCAGGGCAGAGCGGAGCGAGGAGGUGGGAGAUCCAGUAGGAACCCUCUGAGAGACUUUAUGUUAAAAACCCCUGACAGUGGUUCAGGGCCUUCUAGACAACCCAGAAAUGACAUCCGUUCACCUCACGAGUUUUCAGGCUCGCAAUUCCACGGGUGGACCCCGUUUCCAAAGUUCAAUGACAUUUGGAGACGGGGGCCGGAGAAAGCUCCAGAGGACGAGCGCAGAGAAGAUGGAGAUUUGGACUCCAUAGUGUCCUCUAAGGGCCUGGAUCAGAUUCUGACGCCACCUUCUGGUCAAGCUCCAAAUGAGCCCAAGAUCCGGUCGUUUUUCCAGUCAGUCACUGUCACCAAAGUAGUGAAACCUGAUGGGUCUGUAGAGGAAAGGCGUACGGUCCGAGACGGCCAAGGGAACGAGGAGACCACAGUGACGCGUUCAGGAGGUACUGGGAGCCUGGAGGGACCAGAUCAUCAGACUGGACCUGUUUUGCCAGGUGGAUUUUCAGAUAUGCGGGAUGAUAACUCUUUAUUCUCCAAGUUCUUUGGAGGAUUUAAGUAACACAGUGAAUUUUUGGACUGACUGACUUUAAAUUGCCAAAAUGAAAGCGCUGGAGCAGCCGGGUUUCUGGUUGAAUAAUGAAUUUUCAUCUUUAGCUUAUGAAGCAAAGUCGGUGAUCUCAACACAAUGUUUAGAAUGACUUGGAGUCAGACCUAUAUGUAUGGGAGUAUUUAAUUAAUCAAAUAAAGAGUAUAUUUAUAAAGUUG